CUCUGAGUCUGCUUUCAUCUCCAUCCAACUUGCCCUCGCACUAAAUGGACCAGCUCUAGGCAAGUCCAUGGCAUCAAACAUACAGGAGAUACGCUUCAGGCGGCCGGCUAGCCAGAAGCCCACGGCACCGACGAAGCCUAAGAAUCGGCACGCUGGCAUCCUACAAGACAAGCUGCGCAGGUCUCAAAAGGCACCAUGGUGCCCGAGCUUCUCAGUCGCGUUCAGGACUUUUCUCUUGAUCCGCGUCGCGGGAGCGAUGUAUUCUAAUAUCCAGGAUUGCGACGAAGUAUUCAACUUUUGGGAACCUCUGCACUAUCUGGACCGUGGAUACGGCUUCCAGACGUGGGAGACGUCACCUGUGUACGCUAUUCGUAGUUGGGCAUACAUCCUCCUCCACUCGCUGCCCACGCGGAUUGCGUUCACGCUGCUAGGCCCAGAAAAGAGACCGGCGUUCUUCGCCGUCAGGAUGUUCCUGGCCGCGAUCUCGUCGGUCUGUGAAGCUGCAUUGUACAGAGCGGUCGUCGACAAAUUGAACUACCGGGCCGGACGCUACCUUCUCUUCAUGCUGCUCUUCAGCGCAGGCAUGUGGACCGCCUCGACGGCGUUCCUGCCGUCGUCAUUUGCCAUGUACGCAAAUGCAAUUGCGUUCUCAUACGCGCUUGAGCCGUCUAGCAACAAGAACAUGCGCCGCACUAUGUUUAGUACUCUGGCGUUUGCCACAGGAGCUAUUGUUGGCUGGCCUUUUUCACUUGCCGUAGCCAUCCCGUUCGUCUUCGAGGAGCUAUUCUUGUACGGCACAGACAAGGUGACGUCCGAGAACAAGACGUCUUGGAUGAUUGCCCGCUGGCGGAGAAUGUUCACAUGCGCGGCCGUCGCUGCGUUGCUCUUCAUCCCAGUGGUCGCGCUCGACACCGUCUUCUAUGGAAAGCUCGUCAUCGUUCCCUGGAACAUCGUCAAGUACAACGUAUUCCCCGAUGAGGCGCGUGGACCUGGCCUCUACGGCACCGAGCCUGUCAAUUUCUAUCUCAGCAACCUUCUGCUGAACUUCAACGUCCUCGUGCCGCUGGCCCUGUUCUCGCUCCCGGCUCUGGCUGUCACGUAUGUAUACGACCGCAAACGUCUUGGCGAACGCACUAUCUACGUGGACCAGACGUCACCCUACAGGCUCAUGGUCGUGAGGCUUGCGCCGGCGUAUAUCUGGGCUACCGUCAUGUCAGCGCAGAGUCACAAAGAGGAGCGCUUCAUGUUCCCGAUAUACCCGCUUAUCUGUUUCAACGCGGCGGUGACGGUGUACCUGAUGCGCGGUUGGCUCGAGACGGCAUACAUCCAGUAUACGCGAUCACCGUAUAGGGCCUCCCGUGCUAUCAUUUUCAGUCGGUUCACGCUUUCGAUCAUUACAGCCUCUGGUGUGCUGUCUUUCUCGCACAUCAUGACGCACUGGAAGUACUAUCACGCACCGAUGUCCAUCUUCCACGCGCUCGAGGCAGACGAAAUACCUCGGAUCCUAAACACAACUGGUCAGAUCUUCAUCCCGCCGCCCUCUCCGAACCAGAGUCGUCUCGACGAAGAAGAGCGGAUUCCUCGCAUUGACCCUGCGCUGAUCAAGCAGUUGGGGCUGCACAUGUGUGUCGGCAAGGAGUGGUACCGUUUCCCUAGUCACUUCCUGGUGCCUGACGGCGUCCAAGUCAACUGGAUCAAGAGCGAGUUCGACGGCAUGCUCCCUGCCCACUUCGUCGAAACGAAGGCGGAAUGGGGUCUUCCUGCGCGUGUUCAAGGUACCCGGAUCGUUCCGUCCAGCCUCAACGAUCUCAACAAAGAAGCACCCGAGCUCUACGUGGACGUUGCUGAAUGCGAUUACCUCGUGGACCUCGAUUUCCCGUUGCAUCAUUCGGAAUCCGUGCGCGAGCCUCGCUACGUGCUCGACGAGGUGACCUGGGAGCGAGUGAAGUGCCUGCCAUUCCUGGAUGCACGUCACUCGUCGCUUCUGACGCGCACGCUGUGGAUGCCGGGGGCUCGCUGGCAGGAAGGGAACGAAUACGGCGACUAUUGUCUGCUGAAAAACCGAGAACGGGUGAAGAGGAUCGAGGUGGAGAUGACGGCGAGACGAGGUCUGUGAAGCGAUCAAAUUAUGUUAGACAGCGAAUAAUUGCCGAGUUUGCUUGUUAGCUGUGGCUUGGUAGCCGGUGCUACUUCGAUUGCGCAUGCAAUCCAUUGACCUUCGUCCGGUCUGACCGCGAAGCCGUGCAUCACGCCAUGGAUUCGAGCUCGCUCGCGAACAGCUGUGGGCAUAUGUGAAGCAGGCAGCACAUGAGACAGCUACGUCCGCGGGCAGCGCGCGGGCUUCCUGCAGAGAAGGUGCCGACCAGAGGAAGGUGUGUGUCACCGGAUUUGGCAGGUAGAUUCGCCCAGGAAAUCCGGCGAAAUCCCAAUCUGCGGGUUGCAUAUGCGUCGUGGCUGAAGUGGCUGUCGCCGGUGACGAGGGCCAUUCGAUUGGAAGUGUCUGCUUCCGCAGACUGAUGUGCCCCGUGCUGCGCUGCCCCUCUCGUCUGCCAGCGGCCGCUGCACCAGAUGCUGCUUCC